GACUAAGGGAGUUGCAAUGAGAAUAUCCCAGAGUAAAAAAUACUGUGGGGGUCAGCCAGAGCAACUAACCUUGUUCGUCCGACCUUUUGGUAAUGUGAUGGGAGCACACCAACUCCUAGAUACGAGAAGUGCAGAGGAUACCGAUCCCGCCAAAACAGCUGCCGAAAAUCACUCCCAGACC